AUGAAAGUACAAAUAUAUCCAACAUUUAAACAUUUCCCCAAUAUCGUUUGGAGAAAAUAUGUAACUUGGUCUCAAAAACUUGAAGAAAUUCGAUACUUUAAAAAAGGAGAAAAAAACAAUAGUGUUUAUAAAAUUUCAACAGAAUUACCUAAAAAAAGUAUUUUAAAAAAUGGUAAAGUUUUGGAAAAAAAUAUUGAAGAAGUAUCAAGUGUUGAUAAUUGUAUAGUACCUACAUUUACAAGUAUUAGGAAAGACAUAGUAAAAGAUAAAAAUAUUUUAAAUAAAAAAGAACUAAGAAAACUUAAGAGACGAGAAAGAAACAAAGCUAAAGGAUAA